AUGAAAGUGUUAAUCAGCGGUGCUGGCAUCACCGGAAAUGCCCUCGCUUACUGGCUCUCCAAGCUGGGCCACGAUGUUACCGUCGUUGAACGUUAUCCUGAACUUCGAACCACUGGCCUUCAAGUCGAUCUCCGAGGUCCAGGAGUCGAAGUCCUGAAGUUGAUGGGACUCGACCAAGCUUUUCGCGCCAGAGCUGUGCCAGAACAAGGAUUUGCCGUCGUCGAUAGCUCCAACAGACGACGAGCCUACUUCGGAGUGAACAAUUCUGGCAAGGGGGUGCAGAGCUUCACUACUGAAUAUGAGAUCAUGAGGGGUGACCUGUGUCGUAUUAUGUACGAUGUUAUAAAGGACAAGGUCACUUUCCUGUUUGGCAUCUCCAUUGACAGCUUCAAGCAAAAGAACGAUGGUGUUGAAGUCCAUUUCACCGAUGGCAAAACAGAUCACUUUGACGUCUUGGUUGGUGCUGACGGCAUGGGCUCAAACACUCGCAAGCUCAUGUUGGGCCCUGGUGUCCAAGACGCGUUACGCCCAGUGAAGGGUGCCUAUACGGCAUACUUUACGAUUCCUCGUCCAAUUCAAGAGGGAGAAGAGUACAACUCAACGUUCUACCUGGCGACUAAGAGGCGAGCCAUCAUGACGCGAAGGCACAAUGCAGAGGAGAUCCAGAUAUACCUCCCCUGCAACACGACCUCUGAUCGAAUGAAGAAGGCCCACCGAGACGGCGUGGAAGAACAGAAGAAAGCCCUAGCGGAAAUUUUCACCGACGCUGGAUGGCAUUCGAAAGAUAUCAUUCGAGACAUGUUCGAAUCGGAGAACUUCUAUUGCGAGCGCCUGGGUCUUGUCAAGCUCGAUUCUUGGUUCAACGGCAAUGUCGCCCUUUGUGGUGAUGCCGCAUACUGUCCUUCACCACUCACCGGCAUGGGAACAACUUCCGGUCUAGUAGGGGCUUAUGUCCUCGCUGGAGAGAUUAGCCGUCACUGCGGAAAGGCAAAGGAGGGGGGCAAGCCUACCGAUGGUCUUGACAUGGCGUUCAAGAGCUAUGAUGACAAGUUCCGGCCAUUCAUCGACCAGGUAACGCACGGAGUGGGCGACGACACCAUCUUUUGGAAUAAGAUGCCCGAGUCGCCGUUUACUAUUGCGCUCGUCAACCUGCUUCUGGGAAUAGCUGCUUUCUUGAGGCUGAAUGUUGUUGGAAACUGGAUUCUGAAGGAGAAUGUGAAGUGGACGCUUCCCAACUACGACGGACUGAUGAGAAGUUGA